ACUGUACCUCCUCUAGUACAAUCAUCAAAAAGCAAUACUAGAAAAGCCAUAGAAGUCGAUGAUCCACUGGGUGAAGAAGACCCUGAAAAAAGAGACGAUGAACCUUCCAGAAGAAAGAUA